CCCAGCCCCCCGCGCGGAGCCGGGCCGCCGCCGCCGCCGCCAGUGCCCGGACUGUUCACCCGCCCGCCCAUGAGGCGUUGAAAGCGGUGCCGGGAAGGGCGGAAAGAGCCGCCUCGGGCCCUAGGCUCUUGCACGUCGUCCGUCCCGUGUGGGGCGGCGGGGACCAUGUAAAAGGAGAGCGCCGAGACCAGUCCCAGAGCCCGGGAGCAGCCGCCGGCCUGCCCCAGCGCGUGGAGGGGAUCAUGGCGACGUCGAAUUUGUUAAAGAAUAAAGGUGCCCUUCAGUUUGAAGACAAAUGGGAUUUCAUGCGCCCUAUUGUCCUGAAGCUUCUUCGGCAGGAAUCCGUCACGAAGCAACAGUGGUUCGAUCUGUUUUCGGAUGUACAUGCAGUUUGUUUAUGGGAUGAUAAAGGCCCAGCAAAAAUACACCAGGCUUUAAAAGAAGACAUCCUUGAUUUUAUUAAACAAGCACAAGCCAGAGUGCUGAGCCACCAAGACGAUACCGCAUUACUGAAAGCCUACAUUGUAGAGUGGCGGAAAUUCUUCACACAAUGUGAUAUCUUGCCGAAGCCAUUUUGCCAGCUGGAGAUUACUCUCAUGGGCAAGCAGGGCAGCAGUAAGAAGUCCAAUGUAGAAGACAGUAUUGUUCGAAAGCUCAUGUUAGAUACGUGGAACGAGUCCAUAUUUUCAAAUAUAAAGACUCGCCUCCAAGACAGUGCCAUGAAGCUGGUGCAUGCUGAACGGCUGGGGGAAGCAUUUGACUCUCAACUGGUCAUUGGUGUUAGAGAAUCUUAUGUUAAUCUGUGUUCUAAUCCUGAAGAUAAGCUCCAGAUUUAUCGGGAUAACUUUGAGAAAGCUUAUCUUGAUUCGACGGAGAGAUUUUACAGGACUCAGGCCCCUUCCUAUUUGCAACAAAAUGGUGUACAGAACUAUAUGAAAUAUGCAGAUGCUAAAUUAAAGGAAGAGGAGAAAAGAGCACUACGAUAUUUAGAAACCAGACGUGAAUGUAACUCUGUAGAAGCGCUUAUGGAGUGCUGUGUGAAUGCUCUGGUGACUUCUUUUAAAGAGACUAUUUUAGCCGAAUGCCAAGGCAUGAUCAAACGAAAUGAAACAGAAAAAUUGCAUUUAAUGUUUUCGUUGAUGGAUAAAGUUCCUAAUGGAAUAGAGCCCAUGUUAAAAGAUUUGGAAGAGCAUAUUGUUAGCGCUGGAUUGGCAGAUAUGGUAGCAGCUGCUGAAACUAUUACUACUGAUUCUGAGAAGUACGUAGAACAAUUGCUCACGUUAUUUAAUCGAUUUAGCAAACUGGUAAAAGAAGCUUUUCAAGACGAUCCAAGAUUCCUUACUGCCAGAGAUAAGGCAUAUAAAGCUGUUGUAAAUGAUGCUACAAUAUUUAAACUUGAAUUACCAUUGAAACAAAAGGGGGUUGGGUUGAAAACACAGCCAGAGUCCAAGUGCCCGGAGCUACUCGCUAAUUACUGUGAUAUGUUGUUAAGGAAAACACCGCUAAGCAAAAAACUGACCUCUGAAGAAAUUGAAGCGAAGCUGAAGGAAGUGCUGUUGGUGCUUAAGUAUGUACAGAACAAAGAUGUUUUCAUGAGAUACCACAAAGCACACUUAACGAGGCGUCUCAUAUUGGAUAUAUCAGCAGAUAGUGAAAUAGAAGAGAACAUGGUGGAAUGGCUGAGAGAAGUCGGAAUGCCAGCAGAUUAUGUGAAUAAACUGGCAAGAAUGUUCCAAGAUAUCAAAGUAUCUGAAGAUUUGAACCAGGCCUUCAAAGAAAUGCACAAAAAUAAUAAAUUGGCCUUACCAGCUGAUUCUGUGAAUAUAAAAAUUUUGAAUGCCGGCGCUUGGUCCAGGAGCUCUGAAAAGGUGUUUGUAUCACUGCCGACAGAACUCGAAGAUCUCAUCCCUGAGGUAGAAGAGUUCUAUAAAAAGAACCACAGUGGCAGGAAGCUUCACUGGCAUCACCUGAUGUCCAACGGAAUUAUAACAUUUAAGAACGAAGUUGGUCAGUAUGACUUGGAGGUGACCACAUUUCAGCUGGCUGUGCUUUUUGCGUGGAACCAAAGACCCCGAGAGAAGAUCAGCUUUGAAAAUCUUAAACUGGCGACAGAACUCCCCGAUGCUGAGCUUAGGAGAACGUUAUGGUCUCUUGUAGCAUUUCCAAAGUUGAAACGGCAGGUUUUGUCAUAUGAACCUCAAGUCAAUUCACCCAAAGACUUUACAGAAGGAACUCUCUUCUCAGUGAACCAAGAGUUCAGUUUAAUAAAAAACGCUAAAGUUCAAAAAAGAGGUAAGAUAAACCUAAUUGGUAGACUGCAACUAACUACAGAGAGAAUGCGAGAAGAGGAAAACGAAGGGAUAGUUCAGCUAAGAAUAUUACGAACCCAGGAGGCUAUCAUCCAAAUAAUGAAAAUGAGGAAGAAAAUUACUAACGCUCAGCUUCAGACUGAACUGGUAGAGAUAUUAAAAAACAUGUUCUUGCCGCAGAAGAAAAUGAUAAAAGAGCAAAUUGAGUGGCUUAUAGAACACAAAUAUAUCAGAAGAGAUGAAUCAGAUAUCAACACUUUUAUAUACAUGGCAUAGUGCGGAGGCUGACUGGAAGAUGCCAGGAGGAAAACGCGCGUUGAAGGUGGCUCGGGCAGACAACUACCGGAGAAGGGACUCAGCGGGAGGAGGACUCGUUUGACUUUGCAUUACAUAUUCAAAUCCCUGCCUUGCCUUACCAGAGAGAACUUUUUUGAUUUGCCAACUGUUUUUUUUCAGCUAGCAUGAUGGCGUUCCCUUCACGUUGCACACAUUUUUAACAGCAUGCUGGGGUUUUUUUGUGGGGAAUUUUACAUUCACGGAGAGUCUGUGGUGAGCUGUUUUUUUUUUUUAAGAAAAAAAAAGAUUUGAUUUACUCCCACUUGGAAAAAGAAAGGACAGAUUUUGGGGGAGGGGGGGUUAGGUAAAUAAUACUUGCACAAGGAAAAAGGUCUUCAAAUAUCCAUGCACUGAGGAACUUCUGUUAGUUUUCACUUUUUUAAGAAAAGCAAACAGGACUAGAUGUAGCACUUCACAGUUUGUGUUUUGAAUCUGCCGCUGAAGCAUACUGUUCUCCUUUGAUCCCUUUUGAUGUAUAAGGUUUGGACAGCACACGCACCUCAUAGCUGAAGGUCUGUAUUUAUCCUGUAUUUGGCUCAGCCGAGGGCUUCGGGAGAACACACUCGGAUUUGGAUACUGAGACGUGUGGGUGUUCAACAGGAUAGAUCCACUUCGUCAGUUUUCUUUUCAAAACUGCGGGUGAACACUUGAUUUGUUUAUAUGGACAGAUUGGUUUCAGUCCCCCCCCCUUCUUCUUCUUCUUCUUUUUUUUAAAAAAGAAGGGUUGCUUUCUCUUCAAUAUGAUUUCACCUUUUAAAAAGCUGUGUUUCAUGAAUUGGUCUGUUGAUGGUGAAACGAAACGAAAUAUUAAGUGUAUUUCUUUGUACAUUUAAUAUUUGUAUUCACUGUGUUGAUAUGCUUGUAUAAAUCUGAAUGCAUUAAAAAAAAUAGCCGAUACACAAGUUACCCCUCCCCCCCCCCCAAAUAGAAAUUAACUUUUUGACAAUCCCUCUAUUUCUUCUUGGAUUAUUUAUUUUGAAAAUAUCUUAGGGUUACUUUUAAAAAUACAAUUCCAUUCUGAAAAAUGAUGGCGUGGACAGAGACAACUCUUUAGCCUGGUAGGUAGGUCUGCUUUGUAUGCUUUAUAAAUAUAUAUAUAUAUUUUAAUACCCACCACCACUUUCCUACUUUUUAUGCUGACAUUGUAGAACAAUUUAAAAAGUCCUGUCGACUCUGUUGAACACGGCUGCUGCCAGCCCGUUCCUUUCAGUGGAAUCUCUAGGAGUCCUCCUUCGGAUUCUUCCUCUGUACUUCCAUUACAAAAACCGCAUCCAACUUUUAAAAGCAAAGCAACUGUGAAAUGUACAGUAAGGCUUUACAGAGAACAAGCAGAUGGCUGCAUUACGAAUGAAAGAAAAACGUGAAUGUCUCUUUAAAUCAGUUCUAAGUACAUUGCUCGCUGUCUUCAGCUGCUUUGAAAUGCCUGCCAUUGCUUUGUAAUUUUUGGGGGGGGCCUUGGUACAUAAAAGGCAACACAAUCGAGUGGAAAAAAUGCAGCUUUUAUGGUGCCCUGCUUUUCCUUUUGCACAUUAGAAAACAGCUUUGCAAUCCUCCCUUGGAAAUUUUAGAACCUCAGAUGCUCACUCUCAUCCUGGUUAGUUUGUCUUGACCUCUAGGGAUUGGUGGUGAUGUUUAAUAAUCUUGACUUUUGUGCUUAUUUGGGUAAGGAGAGAGGCUAUCACACGGUAUGUGGGCUCAGAUAGUUUUAUCGCAGCUGUUGUAUUCCAUGACCUUUGGGUUCAGCAAUAUCUGUUGACACAGAGGGGUUCGUAUCUGAAUCUCUGUCCUGAAGCAAGCUCCAAAGUACAAAAUGGGCGUGGGGGCAUGGGGACAGAUUGCGAAUUCUUUCAGAUGCCAUUGAAAACCAAAUCUAUGUAAAGGCAGGUGAAUAAAAGCGUGUACUGAUCUAAAAUACCUUGCAUUCAAUUUCAGAGUUAAGACAGUGUUGUUGGGAAAAAUUGUGAAUGAGAAAGUGAUUUCGUGUACCUGCCAGUCACAGGCUGAACUUGUUGAAGAAAGAAACCUGUAGUCGGAAGUUCACUUAGCUUCAGUGCAGUGAGAAAAGAUACAGAUGUGUACAGAUGCUUCUCCUAUGCAUUUUGAUUGGAUGCUUUUGUAUUAGAAGGGCCUCUUUUGAUUCUGCUUUGGAGGAGCGGGCAUGACAUGUUAACUAUCAAACCGGCUAAAAUCCCUGUUUUGUUUUGUUGGGGGUUUUUUUUUAAGUUUGACAACAUGUUUAAAAAUAAUUUCAUUUCAGUCCUUGGAAGUCCAAAUAUUUGCGGAGACUUGAAUUAGUGGCUGGGGUCUAAAUGGUGUUUAGACUUCAAUUUGUGCCCUGGGUCUCACUGCAAAACCUUUUUCUCCCAUCUUUACUCCUCCCCUCCCCAAAAAAGCCAUUCCUGGAGAUUGUGGGAGGGAUCUCCAGAGCAGUGUCCAAUACCACAAAAGCAGCUGUACUUGGAAGUGAAAAUUGCUAUCUUCUCUCUCCCUGGGUGGAGGUGACGAAGCACUUUAGGUGUGUGCAUGGAACUUUUGGGGGCUUGCCAAUGAGUAAUUUUUGAAAGGAACUCUGUCUUGUGCAUUCACACUGAACAUUGAGUGGUUGUCUUGUCCAUAAUUUUAAUGUACGGAAGAACUGUACAUUGAUCAAUGUGUCUAAGGCAAGGGGAAAUUAGAAUGGACUGUGUGCCUAUAACGGUACCAUUUUUCUUCAUUUUUGUGUAUGUUUGAACAAGAUGUCAUGUAGAACACAAUUUGAAAAAUCACACCAGCAGUUUUUUUUAACAGGUGCAGAAUCACAUUUAGCAUUCCUUGUCAGGACAGUUUUUUUCACCAAGAUGCCCUUAAGGCUAAAGUUAUCAGGAGUAGGACAGCUUGGUUUGUUGUUUUGGGGGUGGGAUUCUUUUGCAGGAAGAUGAAAGCAUUCAAAUCUGAAAAAUGGAAUUAUCCUCCAUCACAAUAUGGAAACAUGGCACUUUUAAAUAUGACUUUUAGCUUUGGAUAUCUUUCUCCGAAGACUUAGCAUAAAGAGGGUGCUGCUCUUGAACAAACAUUUUUUUAAAAAUGUUGCUGCAAAGCGCUGCUAUUGUGGUUGGUAUUAAAUAAAACAAAACUCUAGAUGUGAAAAAUAAUGUAGGUUGCGUUAAUUUUAAGCAUAGUUCUAAAAACUUUCUCCCAGCAAAUGAGAUUCAGAUUUAAUAAUUUUGAAGUCUUCCACAUUUUCCCUUUACCUCUCUGAUUUCCCUGGUUUUCCGUCUACUCAUUUGUUUAACCCCGUUGUUCUUGUUGGAAUAGAAUGUAGUUAAAUUAUGUUUUAGUAGUGGCUCUCCUCCCUCCUUUCCCCCUCCAACGAUGUCAUAUGGCCUAAGAAGUCAAUCGUUUUGAAUUUAUUUACAUUGUGAUAUUUGUUGUGAAAGAUAAAAAUUUUUAACAAAUACCGCCAAAUAAAAAAUAUUUGAUAAUUUCAUGGAAAGAUUUGGUAUCUUAAGCACGAAACUAUUUUCUAUUUUCACGGAACUGGCUGGGAUGCUACCUUUGUAAAUUUGAGGUCCUAUUUGUGAAAUAAAUACACGAGAGCUUUCCUGUUAAUAGACUCUAUGUAGCCUGGAGUGCAGUGCAAACUUGAGUUCCUAGGUUGUAAUAUCUAUCUACAUACGGUUAUUUACAUUUUUUUGAAUGUGUGCCACUACAAGCUGAGAUAAAAUGCUGUACAAUUUUGACUGGUAGCAGUUUUUUCUUGUAUGGCAGUCUGGCUGAACUAUUUUGAUGUAAUGCUUAAUUUUUUGAAUUUUAUUUUUUAAGUUGUAUAAUUUAUUUUCUUGCAAAAUGUAAUAUAAAAUAUUAUAAAAAAAUCAAAAACA